UAUUAAUCCAAACAACUCCAUUUCCCUGCAUUUCCAUUGAAGUUCUCGUUUGCCUGCUUCGGUUGAAUCUCGAAUUCUCCAAAAAGCUCAAACCUUUUGAUGGCAGCACAGCCUGUAAAUUGGAAAAGCAGCGAAGAGGGUGGGGAGAGCUUGCCUUGUUGAAGGAGAGGAAGGAGAGAGAGGUGGAGAGAAAGUGAGCCUCGUUUGCCAUGAAAUUAUGCGAUGAUGAUGGAAACCUCAGCCAUCUUUUAAAAUGAACGGUCAUGAUUAAACCUUAGCAGAAAGCUCAAUCUUGUCCCAAAACCCGAUAGUGUGAAGUGCAGCAGCCACACCAGCCAAUGCCACUCCUCCACCCUUCCUGAGACUGCUCCUCUCUAUCAGGCAGCCAUUGCUGCCGCCUGUACCUCCAUUUCAUAUUUCGGCCUUUUGGUCAUAUAACAAAGGAGAAGCUGGCAGAAUUUUGACAGAAUCUUUUCACUAAGAUAGAUGGCUGAGUGCCGAAGAAUCAUUUUUUGGAGAGAGUGUGCUCAAGUUUGAAGGUUCUGAGAGGAAUUUAAUAAUGGCUGCUGCCACCACCUCAAGGGCCUUUCUCUACUCCCAUUACUACCGUAGUCUCCCAUUCUUCUUUCCCCCUCUUAGUACUGUGUCUAGGUUACCCACCGUUCGCAGAAAUAAGUUGAGGAAUCCAGUCAUUCUCUCUACCAUCAAGUGUUUUCAGUCCUUGUCCGGGCGUCCAAAUGUGGUUGAAAUUCUUGAAGAGAGAGGGUUGCUUGAAUCCAUCACCAGUGAGCAUUUAAGGCAAUCCUGUUCUGACCCCAAUCUCCCUCCUCUCAAAGUCUAUUGUGGGUUUGACCCAACUGCCGAAUCCUUGCACUUGGGAAACCUUAUUGGAAUUGUUGUCCUCUCAUGGUUCCAAAGAUGUGGGCAUCACCCCGUUGCUUUGAUCGGUGGUGCCACCGCUCGUGUUGGAGACCCUUCCGGCAAGAGCUUGGAGAGACAGCUCGACCUUGAUACUCUGUCCCGAAACACCACAGGAGUAACCAAUACGAUUACGAGAAUUCUGGGUGGGAUUUCCAUCUUGAAUAAUUAUGAUUGGUGGAAAGAGGUUCGGUUGUUAGAGUUUCUCAAAGAUGUGGGUCGGUAUGCAAGAGUGGGGAGCAUGAUAGCAAAGGAGAGUGUGAAGAAGAGGUUGGAGUCAGAACAAGGAAUGAGCUAUACUGAGUUCACUUACCAGUUAUUGCAGGGAUAUGAUUUCCUCCACCUCUUCCGCAAUGAAGGUGUUAAUGUCCAGAUUGGAGGUAGCGAUCAAUGGGGGAAUAUAACUGCAGGGACUGAACUCAUACGCAAGAUUCUUCGUGUGGAUGCUGCUGCUUAUGGCUUGACAUUUCCUCUUCUACUGAAGAGUGAUGGAACCAAAUUUGGCAAGUCCGAAGAUGGUGCCAUAUGGCUUUCGCCAUCCAUGUUGUCUCCCUAUAAGUUGUAUCAGUAUUUGUUCUCUGUUCCCGAUGUUGAUGUGGUCAGGUUUCUCAAGAUUCUCACUUUCCUGGACAUGGAUGACAUCAAACAGUUAGAGAGCGAGAUGGAGAGACCUGGAUACUUGCCCAACACAGCUCAGCGCAGGCUUGCUGAGGAGGUCACUCGUUUUGUGCAUGGUCAAGAUGGUCUGGACGAGGCCCUCAAGGCAACUGAAGCAAUGAGGCCUGGUGCUGAUACUAAAUUGGACUGGAACACCAUUAAAGCCAUUUCUGAGGAUGUCCCCUCAUGCUCAUUCCUGUAUCAUCAGGUCCUUGAUCUCUCUAUUCUUGAUCUCUCAGUUUCAUCUGGUUUGCUUGACAGCAAAUCUGCUGCCCGGCGUCUGUUGAAGCAAGGGGGACUUUACUUGAACAACUCCAAAGUUGAUAGUGAAAAUAAGAGAAUUGAACCUGAAGACAUUGUGGACGGGAAACUUCUGCUUUUAUCUGCAGGCAAGAAGAAUAAGGUUCUGGUACAGAUAAGCGACACCUGAGGGGUGCCUGUCUGAUGGUGUUUUGCUUUCGUUAAUGUGAAUCUGGUGAAAGUUGGAGUUUAAGAAGUUGGAUACGAGCAUCCUCCCUUUAAAGAUGACAUUUUUCGCUGUGGUUCUUGAAGGCUGAUGAGGCUUAAACGCAACUGUUUUCCCCCCGUUGUUUAGAUGAUUUGUUUUUCUCUUAAUUAAUUUGGUCUGUAUCAUAUUGAUUGGUCUAUUCUUUUACGUAAAGUUGAAAUGUUGAUCUAGUUUGACAAGAGUGCCUUGUAGUCAUGUAGCAUGUGCUUUUAAAAGGAUUGAAAGCGCUUUUAAAGAAAA